AUACCUGAAAACCUCAAACCUUGAGUUCAUACAUCAACAAUCUGUCUCCAGAAGGCUCCAACAAAUCAUUCCAAGUAUCAGUUAUUCCAAGUAUUGCAUUUAGAAAAAAAAUCACAAUAAAACAGCCAACUGUUUUGCAUUAACUGUACAAACAUGCAAACAACCUAGUUCAGUGAAAAGUGGCGGAAUGACCAAAGAAAAAACAGGAAUUCCAAGAAUAUGAGUAAGCAAAUAGCAAAGGUUUACCAAAGGUUUUUUCCAACUCCAGUCCAAUUACCUCCUCAUAGCUUCCUCAUUUUAUAGCUUUGACAACUUCACAGUGAGUGGAAGAUCUUUACUUACAUAUAGUAUGUUAUUAUAUCAUUAUGUAAUAUGUGUUGCAAUGCAGUGCAUCAUUUCAGUUUCAUGCAUUCUUAUUUCAAAGGAAUUAGUUCCAGGCUUUGCUCUGUUUUUUGUCUGCUUCUGUUCAGGAGAGGAUCGAAGGGAAGUUUAGACUGUCAGCCUCACCUGGUGGAGGAGACUGAACAUUGCAGGACACCAACAUAAUACAAUUAAAAUAUACAGUAGAUAAUCCACAAAAAGAAACAUAGAAUAUAAACAUUUAUGAAUAAUAUGGACCCAGGAAGAUGUCAAGCAGCUUCUUCCCACCCAGGUGACUUCCUCUCCAAAAUGUAACCUGAAGAGGACAGACUACACAGACACACAAGAAGCAAAACUGAAUCACAUCCUUCACACAGAAAGGAGAAUAGUAAAAUAGUGAUCAGCAUCACUUAGUCCUCCAGAGCAACGCCAAAAGUGCAUUUAAGGGCGUAAACUGUUGUCUCUACUCUGACAAGUAACUUAAUAACAUAUCAAAACUACAAGGUAUACAUUUAUGACAGCAUUUUCACAGAAUGACGCUUGUUUCUGAGGCCUUUCUCCCACAAUAAAUGGUCCUGGUCCUUGGUCCUGGGACAACAUUAAUAUGUACAAACACUGGAUUGCAUUGUUAGUUAGUGUGUAAUGACGUAGCUCAGAGUAAGACAGAGUGAGGGAGGUCAAAGAUAAACCUUUAUUGUGGAUCUAAAACCUCCUCUAAAUUGUAUUAUCUGAGGCUGUGAAGACGCAGAGUUACUGAAUCAAACUGCAGUGGAAAUACAGUCUAUUUAACAGAGAUAAACUCCCACCAGCUGUGCACAAUGGCCAUCAGUACCUGUGAGUGGUGAGUAGUCUUCUCUUUUUCAUAGACCAAUCAAAGUAAUGCCCUUGCUUUAAAUCCAGAGGCUGAGAUAUCACACCAGUAAUUGCGUUGCUCCAAUGUGUGAAUAAGAGCCAUUGCUGCAUGUGUCAACACUGGAGAAAGCUAGAAAUACGCCAUUCUCCUAAUUAUUAACACUGCACUACUAAUGGACCUGGCUAAUGUGUGAUAUGCAUGAUAAAUGUGGAUCUAAUGCACACCAAGUAGAUUUAACUUGGUGACCUUUACAAUAAUUGUUACAUGGCAUCCACUCAGUACUUUUUAGUUUAACUAAACACUAUUUUUUUAAAAUAUUGAGAACAAGUUUAUUGACACAAAAACAGAGAUUCAUAGAGAUUUAAUCAGUCUGAAUUACCUGGUUGCUCUUUAUUAACCAAAACAGUUAUAUGAGAUUCUGGUCAUUAAUGGUAAAAUAACAGUCACGAAUAUAAAUGAACAUGAAAGUUUCCUGUGAUAUAUUUAAUUAACUACUGCAUCAGAUCAAUGCUGCAUUCAAAGGGUAAGGAUGUCAUCAGGGUUAUCUCUCACCUUGGAAGUUGAGCAGAAAGGCAGCAAUACAAACAUGGAGUUUGUAAGCAUUUACCAGAUAGGAAGGAUCUAACAAAGAGGGGCCAAUAAUUCAUUGACGAAAGUAAAGAAAUUAUUAUUUUUGGGCUUUGACCUAAAGGAAUUAGAAACUGGAUCUAAAAAGAAAGAUGCUUCAAACAGAUUUCCAUUAUCUAUGCUCAUUGUUUUAGACAUUUAUGGAAGUGAUUAUGAAUCAGUUUUCUGUAUAAUCUCACAUUUAUUUUUUGAUCAUUUUUCUUUAAAUUCCUCAGAGGAAUACAUGCAACACCAUUUGAAAGAGCCAAAGGAGUUAAUUUAGUACCAGGAAACUGCUCAUCUUUUAUAUAAAGCUCAACAGCUAUCGUGACUCAUGCGUUUUUCUUUUUAUAGCUCUCUUCAAUGACACAAUGAUAAGUGGAUCCAAUCAAACAAUUUUCUUGUUUGUGUGCCAGCCAUCUGACUCCUUUUUGUUUUUAUAAAAUUUGUGCCAUGUAUCCAAGCCACACAUACAGCCACUAUGUGUGUAGUCUAUAUAUAGGCUAUACUGUUUGUGCUUAUUCAUGGAUGGAUUUCUGACAGGCUGACCGGGCACAGGCCCAGGGACCCACAGUGUCAGGGGACACCAGGACUUCGCCUGCAAAAUGCCCCGGAAAAAGACCCAUACCAAUCAUGCAAAAAUGAAGACAAUGAGACUAAAAGUUACCUAGAAAGACACAAUAUUACCACAAAGAGACACAGAAUGACUGCAAAGGGACACACAAUGACUAUAAAGAGACAAAAUAACCACAAAAUAGAAUUAAAAAUUAUUACAUGAAGACACAAAUCAACCAAAAAGACACAAAAUGACUAUAAAGAGACACAAAACAACCAAAAAAAUAACCAAAAAUGACCACAAAUGGAUACAAAAUAACGACAAAAAAAUAAAUAAAAAAUGACAACUACAGAAGACACAAUAUGAAUACAAAGAGAUGCAAAAGGACUACACAUAAAUGACUACAGAGACACCAAAAAAAGACAAAUGAUUAUGAAGAGGCAUUAAAUGACCACAAAAAAUAAGGUCCAGACCAAAGAGGACAGAAAAUAACUAUGAGGAGAAACAACAUGACAACAAAAAGACACAAAUUUACCAACAAGAGAGAAGAGACACAAAACCAAAAAAAGUUGCAUAAAGAUUACAAAACAGGAGGCAAAACCAUGUGUGGUGCCUGUUUGUAGUAGGGAUGUUGCAGGCCUUUUGCAAGUCUGUGCCCAGGGGUGCAUGUGCCUACGUGACAUGCACAUACAUGCACAAAUUAAUCAUUAGGUUCACUGCUCCACUGGAUGAGCCCAACCUGUCCCAAGUGAAAAUGUAGUAGACACGCCCCUGGAUACAACACUUUGAGUUAAGCUGAUCAUUCAUGCUGAAGUGUGUAGUGCAGCACUGUACCACGCUAUUUAGCCCAGCCUGAGUGCACAAAGGGCGUUUAAGGUAUCUUUUUUAAAAAAUCAGUCUCACAACAUCAACAUACUGUAAACUGUGCAAAGGGUGGCCCAGAAAGUAGAAAAGAAACAGACUGAAGGGCAGUCUAUCCAGGCUGCUGGAGCUGUGGAAUGAGAUUUGUGCCACUUUAAAGUGGAUCAGUGUUUUGUAAUGAAUGGGUUUUUUUCCCUCGGUGCCUGCCUAUUAUUAGCUACGGAGGCCUUACAGUAAGUGGAGGUGGUUCCAUGACGGUCAGGGCUGCAGCUCUGCAUCGCACCGACAGGCUUCAGAUCAGCGUUCGUAUUUUUGGCAAUGCAAUCGGACUUAUCGCACUGAUCCAGGGGAAGGUUUCCUGAAACAUCUGCGGUCCGCCGCCUAUUUUCAAGCCUCGUUCACCUUGCCUUGAAGAUGAAGUUAAAUACGAGCUGCCGUCAGGUGCAAGCCGCAUCAGAUGGAGCCCUGCUUUUUUUCUCGUUCAUCGACCAACCCGAUGCAGCACUUCCUUAUGUUGCGGUCCCAGCUGACAGAUUCUGAUAUGGACUAUGAGAGGCCAAACGUUGAAACUAUCAAGUGUGUGGUGGUGGGAGACAAUGCAGUCGGAAAGACCCGCCUUAUCUGUGCUCGGGCCUGCAAUGCCACACUGACUCAGUACCAGCUACUCGCUACACAUGUGCCCACAGUCUGGGCAAUCGACCAGUACAGAGUCUGCCAGGAGGUAUUAGAGCGCUCCAGAGAUGUGGUGGAUGAUGUCAGUGUGUCCCUUCGUCUCUGGGAUACUUUUGGAGACCAUCAUAAGGACCGGCGUUUUGCGUAUGGCAGGUCUGAUGUGGUGGUACUGUGCUUCUCAAUCGCCAACCCCAACUCUCUGUACCAUGUGAAGACCAUGUGGUACCCUGAGAUCAAGCACUUUUGCCCCCGUGCUCCUGUCAUCUUGGUGGGCUGUCAGCUGGACCUGCGCUAUGCAGACCUGGAGGCAGUGAACAGGGCACGGAGGCCUUUAGCUAGACCCAUUAAAUCCAACGAGAUCCUUCCUCCAGAGAGAGGCCGGGAGGUGGCCAAAGAGUUGGGAGUGCCAUAUUAUGAAACCAGUGUUGUUGCUCAAUUUGGAGUCAAGGACGUCUUUGAUAACGCGAUCCGAGCUGCGCUCAUCUCGCGCCGACACCUGCAGUUUUGGAAAUCUCACCUCAGAAAUGUCCAGCGGCCUCUCCUUCAGGCGCCCUUCCUGCCACCAAAACCUCCACCACCUAUAAUCACUGUGCCUCCUCCCCCAACCACCACAGAGGAGCAUCCAGUCGGUCUUCUAGAGGACCCACACUGUGCUGAUGUCAUCCUGGUCCUGCAGGAGCGACAGAAAAUCUUUGCACACAAGAUUUACUUGGCGACAUCCUCUUCAAAGUUCUAUGACCUCUUUAUUAUGGACACACAUAAUGAGGAGCCUGAAAGGCCUUCUCGUGGUCCUCUCUCUGGCAGAGAGCUGCUGAUGCGUGCUGCUAGCUUCGAUGUUUGCGAAAGCAACGACGACGGAGACAGGGCCAACCUGAGGGCCUGCACUAGUGACGGGACCUUAAAAGACUCCCAGGGGGGCAGGCGGGGCAGGUUGCUCUCAUCGUGGAGCAGAGCGUUCGUCAGCAUCCAGGAGGAGCUGGUGGAUGACCCCGUCACGUACAGCCCCAGGCCCAUGACUGUCGUGCACAUGGACCAGUCCAUGCAGCUGGGUCCUUUCCGAGCAGUGCUACGCUACCUGUACACAGGUCAGCUGGACGAGAAUGAGAAAGAGCUAAUGCACAUUGCACACAUUGCUGAGCUGCUGGAGGUCUUUGACCUGCGGAUGAUGGUGGCAAACAUACUUAACAAUGAAGCCUUCAUGAACCAAGAAAUCACCAAAGCCUUCCAUGUACGGCGCACAAACAGAGUCAAAGAGUGUUUGGCUAAAGGCACCUUUUCUGAUGUAGUAUUCAAGCUAGAUGAUGGGACCAUCAUGGCCCACAAGCCUUUACUCAUCUCUAGCUGUGACUGGAUGGCAGCUAUGUUUGGCGGGCCUUUUGUGGAGAGCUGCACCAAAGAGGUGCUGUUUCCAAACACAACUCGCAGCUGCAUGAGGGCUGUGCUGGAAUAUCUCUAUACGGGGCGGUUUUGUUCUCGGCCUGACCUGGAUGCAAUGGAGCUUAUUGUUCUAGCCAAUCGUCUUUGCCUCCCCCACCUGGUUGCACUUACAGAGCUCUACACAGUUACAGUAUUGACAGAGGCAGCGAUGAUGGGGGCUGACAUUGAUGGAGACGUGCUGGUGUACUUGGAUAUGGCCCAGUUCCACGGCGCCCAACAGCUCACUGGCUGGUGUCUUCACCACAUCUGCACCAACUACAACAGUGUCUGCCGCAAGUUUCCCCGAGAGAUGAAGUCCAAAUCUACAGAGAACCAAGAAUACUUUGAGAAACAUCGCUGGCCGCCUGUGUGGUACCUGAAAGAGGAUGACCACUACCAAAGAGCACGCAAAGAGCGUGACAAGGAGGACUACCUGUACCAGAGACGGCAAUGUAAACGCAAGUGGCUCUUCUGGAACCUUCCUUCCUCCCCUAACUCUAACUCCCCUUCUUCUGGCUCGUCUGCUGUCAUCUGACCAAGUGGUAAGGCCAGGUCCCCUCUGAAGUACAUCAGUGUGGACGCGAGUUGUAAAAGAUACAAUAGAAAAUAAGCACUGCUGGCUAGGUACGCCCCAAUUAUUCAGGCACACAGUCUCUCCUCCUGUUUGUUUGCCUCUGCAGUCAAACUGUACUCCUCCAGGUCUGCAAGGUCAGCUCAAUCUGGCGGUUAAAGUAAUGAGUUUUGUUCCUUAGAUUUUUUAGUGUACAUUAGACUCAAACCUCAGUGAUAUGAACCUCACUGACAAAUGGCACAGUGUAACAACUCAUAUUAAAUCUUGUAUGUUCCAACACCUGAGUUUUAAGUUUUAACAAUAGGACUCUGCUGGCACAGAACUCUCCACCUAUGAUCAUAGUUAUCAUCAAUAAACCUGAACUGAUAACCAAGUGCUGCUUAUCAGCUGCAACAACCAGCAAUUCCACACAGAACUUCUCAGUCUCAGAGAUAUAACACUUUGCCCUUAAGUGUUUGUACAAUCUACUAAACUAUGUGUACAGUAUGAUCUCGUGAACAGGAUGUAACGAUAGUAUGGCCUGCCAGGAAUCAAUUACUGAAGUCAUUUACUCUUGUGAGCAUAAAGGAAAGUACUGGCAAGAUCCACUCCUGUUUAUUUGUGUACAGUCAUUCUAUUUUUGAUUGUUUGUGAACAGCUUGCAUGACGCGAGUCUGGACACACUCAGCAUUUACGUAUCGUGAUCUUGUGAUUUGUGGCCUCUUGUCACAAAAGGGCUUUAGUUUACAUGACUGCAUUCAGUGACCUGAGGCAAAAGAGAUCCCAAAUCAAGGAAAAUAUCUGUAUUUUCUGUAAAAUGCCAGCAAAAACAAACCAGAUCGCUAUUAUUUCCUAUGUGUUGCUUGAUGAGGCUUGUGAGCACACAUGUUUCCUGAGUCCCUCAGUUUUCACAAUGAAUGAUUCCAUCAGCUUGACCACUGUCAUCCUGGAAAGCAACACAUAAUGCAUUUCAGAGCCAAUAGGAGCAUUUCCAGAGCUGAAGCGACCACGUGUUCAUCAUGUACGCCAUCCCUCUGAGAUGGUGUGUUUGACGUAUCAGUCACUGGUGGCGAUUUGGCCUUUGGAGAUUUAGUCAAUCAGAGGAUGCCCCCUGACUGUCUGCAGUUGGCUGUGUAAGACUUGUACAUGCAGGAGGCUUCCUCAUGCCUGGGUGAAGUCAUCCAUACUACUUCUACACACCUCAAGCACUUUUUGAACUCUUCUCCACAGAGACUCACACAAGAACCUCCAGUAGCAGCAUCCUGGUUGAAUGGCACUAAAGACAAUAAGGUGUCAUGAUAUGCUGCGGCAAAUUUAAAAAAAGGAAAUGGUGUAAACCAUGACAUUGAAAAAAAAGGGGUGUAAAGAGGUUUAGAUGAAAUAAUUUUUCCUGAUUUGUUUUGCACACCUCAUAGUAUAUGUUUAAGAUUGUCAUCUACCGUUGUACUUGAUUGCAGGAUGAACUGCAGCGUUGUUUGGAUCUGUAAGCAUGGUGCUCAGUGACGAUGGGUAGUAUUGUAAAUUGUACAAAAUAUUAGACGAACUGCAAGUAACUUGCGUCACUCUAACAUGCUGUUACCUAAUAUUGUGCACUGCAGGCAGUGAGCAGAAUCUGACAGUAUUACUGAGUAAUACAUAUACUGAAUAUAGACUUGACUUGCAUUUAGUUACUGUGCAGCUACAAACUGUUGUUGAAAAUAACUGAAUAAUCAUUGUGCUGACCUCCAGUUACAUCUAUUAUAUACUGUAGUAUACAUGCAAAUUACAGGCAGUUCCAACAAACAGUUGACUAAUAGUAAAGUAGGAUUACAGUGCAAAGUAAAGUAGUCACAAUGACAUAAAACAUGCCAUUAUUAUCAAAAUUCUGAUGGCAGCAUAUGUAAAAGAAAGGCUAGCUUUAAUCCUGUAUUUGAGUGGUUAGACUUUUCCAUGCAGUUUUUGACUAGACAGAUAUUUAGAGCCCAACAAAGAGCUUAAAAGUGAUAUGAAUCAUCUCAAUGACAAAAUCAAUUUCUUGCUUGUAUUAACUCUCGACCGAAUAACUACACUGCAUGACCAGGGCUCGCCGAAAUAGAGUUUAUUUAUUGUGAUUGAAGAUAUAUAAAUAGAGUAGUGGUGCUGGUGCUCUAAGCAGUAGCUGUACAUUGUUCUCAAUUACAUUAACUUAACAUAAGAACUGUAAUUUUUGUGAAUCUUAAUUGAUGAAAUAUUUUGGCACACGUGGUCAGACAUCAGGCUGAAGGAUGAGCCUCUUUCAGAGCCAGCUUUAUCCUAAUUCUGAAUGUUUUUAUUUAUUGGACCAUCCGUCUAAUAAAUAAUCCACACAAAAUACAGUUUAUUAUAAUAGUUUAACAGCAGGAGGGUCUAUAGUGUUAUAAUUUGCCUUGUUGGUGUGAUUGAUAAGUUUCAUAGACAUGCAUUUCAUUCCUCAGUGCAUUGCAUUUCUCAAUGAGUCUUCUGCUGAUGUUUUGCAUCAACAACACCUCAUGCCUUAAUGUACAGUGUAGUGUAUGGUACCGAAUGUAAAGUAGUGUUACUGUGGUUACUAGUUUGUUUGCUCUCUGUUAAGUUACCAUGGUGCUCUCUAGGUUGUGUGUGUAUCUGUAAAUGUUCAUAAUCCAUAAUUUGGAUGUAAAGCAAUCAAUGUAUGGUCGAUCCAAUGAGUGUGCUUAAGUUUGAACACUGCGGAGGGGUUUAUGUCCUUUUUAAAAGCCGUAAACACAAAAACUAAUUAAAGACUCAGACCAUUUAGGCCACAUUAGACUAACACAAUGACAAACCAUCAAUUUGUGACAUUAACCAUGAAAUGAAUGCAGGGAUUUCAAAUCUGUUCCAUUCUUUUAAAGUCGUUUUAUGCUAAUGAGCUCCAAUUUUGGAGUCUGCAUAAUUACAAAAUGCUGAGACAGGGUGGCCAUAGGAAGUUAGAUUGUAACUAAAACAUGUAAAUAGAAAUUGUGCGAUGACUUGCAAUUCAAACUUGGCAGAGCAAUUGAUACAAGCUAUUGCAUAGUUUAACAUAUGUAAUGUUUUUGUACUAUGCAUACUGAAAUGUCUGAUUUUGAAAUUACAAACUUGCACUGCUUUGUAGCACCAGGUUCUAUUCAAACUGCAUUAGAAGGAAUAGCAACAUCAUUAUUAAAUAUGUAGACAACAUCAGGUAAAAAAAAGAAAAAAAAACGGAAAAAAUAUUAGAUCAUAAAUUAGAAAGAAGUUGUCACUGAGGCCCUUUUCCAUAUGUUUGGGUGCUAAUUUCACCGCUGCAGAGAAGCACAAACCAAAGGGAGCUUUAGCAGCACCAGGAAUAUAUAAUAUAUGCUGCACAAUCACUACUGCAUAGUUUAAGAGGCCUUGUUCAGAAAUGGUUGAAAAUUAAAUAAUAAUUAAAAAAACAAUAAACGAAAAGAAAAAAAAACUUGAAUGUUUUCUCAGUGUUCAAAGCCUGGAUGACAUUUUCCUUAGUCAUCAGGUAUUUUUGUUCCCAAGAGCUGUUUUUAUUGUUUAGGAGCUGUAAAUCUGAAAUUCUGUAGCAUGUGUUCUUGAAAAUGUGUAAAUAAUAUUUACUAAAUAAAAAAGCAGCAACGUG